AACUCAAAUCUCAGUCCAAAACGAAUAGCCCUUCCCAAUGGCGACAGUCUUCGUGGAAUCCAAGCAGCCAGAGGCGAUGAUGCCGGAGGAGACUUGCUCGUCCAUGGCAGCGAAGCAAGGGGAAGGUCUUAAACAGUACUACCUCCAACAUAUCCAUGAUCUACAGCUCCAGGUCCGCAUGAAAACCCACAAUCUUAAUCGUCUUGAAGCUCAGCGUAACGAGCUCAAUUCCAGAGUGAGGAUGCUUAGGGAAGAGCUACAACUACUUCAGGAGCCUGGAUCCUAUGUUGGAGAAGUAGUCAAAGUAAUGGGGAAAAACAAGGUUUUAGUCAAGGUUCAUCCAGAAGGGAAAUACGUUGUUGAUAUUGAUAAAAGCAUUGAUAUCACAAAGAUUACACCAUCUACUAGGGUUGCUCUCCGAAAUGACAGCUAUGUUCUUCAUUUGGUCUUGCCAAGUAAAGUAGAUCCUUUAGUCAACCUUAUGAAAGUUGAAAAGGUUCCAGAUUCUACAUAUGAUAUGAUUGGUGGACUUGAUCAGCAGAUCAAAGAAAUCAAGGAGGUCAUUGAACUUCCAAUCAAACAUCCUGAGUUGUUUGAGAGUCUCGGAAUAGCUCAACCAAAGGGGGUCCUCCUGUAUGGGCCACCUGGUACAGGGAAAACACUAUUGGCUAGGGCUGUGGCUCAUCAUACUGAUUGUACCUUCAUCAGGGUAUCUGGUUCUGAAUUAGUUCAGAAGUACAUUGGAGAAGGCUCUAGAAUGGUUAGAGAACUUUUUGUCAUGGCGAGGGAACAUGCUCCAUCUAUUAUUUUUAUGGAUGAAAUUGAUAGUAUUGGGUCUGCUCGAAUGGAAUCUGGAAGUGGCAAUGGAGAUAGUGAGGUGCAGCGGACUAUGUUGGAGCUUCUCAACCAGCUGGAUGGGUUUGAAGCAUCAAACAAGAUCAAGGUUUUGAUGGCAACAAAUCGUAUUGAUAUACUGGAUCAAGCACUCCUUAGGCCCGGGAGAAUUGACAGAAAGAUUGAGUUUCCCAAUCCUAAUGGGGAGUCUCGUUUUGACAUCCUGAAAAUUCAUUCGAGGAGAAUGAAUUUAAUGCGUGGGAUUGAUCUGAAGAAGAUUGCAGAAAAGAUGAACGGUGCAUCUGGUGCAGAGCUGAAGGCUGUGUGCACAGAAGCAGGAAUGUUUGCAUUGAGGGAGAGAAGGGUUCAUGUAACACAGGAAGACUUUGAGAUGGCUGUGGCCAAGGUUAUGAAGAAAGACACUGAGAAAAACAUGUCGUUGCGCAAGCUAUGGAAGUAGUUCUUUUUGGAUGUGAUAUGGAAGUGCUAGCUUACACUUGCACAGUUGGAUAUUUUGAUUUUAGCUAGAUUUACGAUGUAUUUUUUUUAUUUAUUGCAUACCCCCUGAGAAAAACACUUUUAUGCUACGCUGAAAGGAAUUUGGUAUUAAAAAAAUUGAUGAGAAAAAUUGAGAUUUUUUAAGCUAUAAAAGACGUUCUUAAUCUUA